AUGAUCAGCAUGAUGCUCUGGACAGCUCUGUCCUUGUCUGCCGCAACUACGCACGGCGCUGUUGUUCCCCGACAAGACGGGGGUGACUUUGACUUGGCUGGAGUUAUCCUACAAUCGACUAUUGUUCAGCGCCAUCUCACGAGCACCAAGAAAUUUAUGGGCAAGGAGUUUCCUUACUCAGAGGGCCAGAUGGAGGCUUCGAAGAACGCCCUUGGGGCCACGUUCAAGGACAACUAUGAUCACCUUGCGGAAAAGGAGCGCAAGUGCUUGUAUGUGCGCAACUCUUUCUCGAAAGAGGCCACACAAUCGUUCUUUGACGUCGUCCCCAAUGUCGAUGCUCCUGACACUAUCACUGAGGAUAAACCCAAAACGGGAACAAUCUCCACAUCCAAGGCGAUUAUCAACACGGAGAGGCACGGAUGGAACAAGGAAGAGUCGUCAGAGAUCGGCGGCUCGGUCACGGUGGGCGUACAGUCAGGAAUCAGCUUUUUCUCUGCUUCUCUCUCGGCCACCAUCUUCGGCAACCAGCGCACGGCAGGAGGCAAACACGGCGAGGCCUCCAAGCAGACUGAAUAUACAGUCACCAACACAGAGCCGUACGAGUGCCCGGAGAAUAGCAUCUGCCGACACAUCACCUGGACGUACACCAGGACUCUCAGGGGAAAAUGCUUCACCACCCCCUACUACGAUGCCCAGUGCUCCAACAGUCAGCACUCGAAAAACAAGUUUGAUCUCGCGCUUUUUGGCCUGUGCUCGCCAUCAUCCAGGUUCGGUAAGGAGUUCUACACCUUCAACGACACCGCGGUCGAUAGCACACUUCAAGGAGAGCUUAACAACAAAAUAACCGGGUAUGGCCCUGAUAACCAGGGGAUCAAGAUGCCAAAGCCCGAGAUCAUCGCAUCCCGCAAGUUUGAGGAGGACUGCACCUUUACGUACGUGCUGCGCGACAAGAGCGGAAACCCCGUCCGUGCCAUGGCAAGCAUCAUCGAGAGGGACAACAAUCCCCUCAUCCCGCAGGUCAAGGUGACCAAGGUCCCCAAGGCGGUCAAAUGGGUCGCGGCAGAGGACGGAAAGAAGAUGUGCGAGCUCGAGAACGGCUGGUACUGGAUGCCCGGCGACCAGUGGUACAUCCCCCCCGCCGACGAGGAUAGCCCUGACGAGUGGGUGCGUCGCGCCGAGUUGCCCGAACCCGUGGACCUCAAGAAGAACUGCCCCAAGAAUGGCAAAGUCGCGUCCAAGAGAGCCCUGUCCGGGAGAGCCCUGCCACCCCCCAACAACCUCGGCGAGGAUCCCGCCGAUGACCUCGUUGAGAUGAAGAUUAUCCAGGACGACAUGCCUGCCUUUAUCAAGGAGUUGGAAGAGAGUAACAGCGAGGGCUUCGUGGCAAACACUGUUGACGAGAAAGCACAGCUCGUCCGCCGUGAAGGUUGGACUUAUUGGAAGACCCAUACCUUUGAAAAUUGCUUGGGCCAGAGUAUUAAGCAGAAUGGCAAAGCCUAG